UGCAGACCCGUCUCUCUCCCGGGUCUCUGUCUCAGCACAGAGCUCUUAUUCAGACCUCGCUCUGCCCUUCCUGUUCCCACUGAGCGGCUUUUAAUGCCUGACCCCUAAGACUAUUUACGACACAAACAACGAAUUUCCUGCGCGAAAGGCGGUGUCGGUGGUCCUUGGCAUUCCCUUGGAGAAGCGAAGCUGGCCGGGAUUGGAGCGAGCCCGGGCGCCUGCACCGAAUGCAUCUUCCCCAGUCGCACCUUCUGCACCUUCCUUAGGGUCUCCCAGGAAAAUCCGGCUGCGUAAAAACAACGCUCCGCCGAUGCAGCUUCUCCGCGGAUGAGGUUUCUUCCUGACCUACUCCCUGGGGACAGCCGGAAUGGCUGCGAAGGGCUCGACGAGUCCCCACGUCUUCGGCUGUGAAGAUGAAACGGCGUGGAGAGGCUCACUUGAAACGCUUUCGUAGGGUGGAAAACAACAGCUCUUAGCGUCCACGCCUGAGGUGGCUCCAAAGGAGAACGAUGCGCUGAGAUGGGAGAGGAGCCCAGCGGAUUCCCAGCGAGGCGUUUCUGGCAAACGCGGCGUCUCUCCCGGAAGGCGAUGUGAUGGCUGACUGCUCGGCCCUGGAGUCUCCCUAAGGAAUCCUCGCCCCGGGCAGGAGUCGGAGGGUCCCCGCUUCCUCGGAGCCUCGCCCUCGCCGCAGUCGGGCUCCAGGAUUGCCAGGAGGCUGCUGCCCGCCAUGGGCUGCCCAGAGCACCGCGGGGUGUGCGCCUGACCUGCAUCUCUGUCUAUGCCCCACGCACGAGGCUUCCUCCCGAGCCCACCGCCUCUGCCGGGUGCCCGGCUCCCCGGAAAGCCCUUAGCGCCUGCGGCUGGCUGCCCGGCCCUGUCUGCUUGGAGUCGUGCCUCCCGGACGCCCCCGGAUGUGGCUGUGAACCAUGUCCAGACCCCGGGGACUGGUAUGGCUUCCUCUGUUCCUCACGCCGGCCUGCGUCAUGGUGAACUCCAACGCGCUCCUGUGGAUCACCGCCCUGGCCAUCAAGUUCACGCUCAUCGACGGCCAGGCCCAGUACCCCGUGGUCAACACCAAUUACGGCAAGAUCCGAGGCCUGAGAACGCCGUUGCCCAAUGAGAUUUUGGGGCCGGUGGAGCAGUACCUGGGGGUCCCCUAUGCCUCGCCCCCCACGGGAGAGAGGCGGUUCCAGCCGCCCGAGCCCCCCUCCUCGUGGACCGGGGUUCGCAACGCCACCCAGUUUGCGGCCGUGUGUCCCCAGCACCUGGAUGAGAGGUCCCUGCUGCACGACAUGCUUCCCGUGUGGUUUACCGCCAACCUGGAUACGUUAAUGACCUACGUGCAGGACCAGAACGAAGACUGUCUCUAUCUGAACAUCUACGUGCCCACGGAGGACGGACGCGUCGCGUAUCUUCACUUGUCGCCAAGGGACGCUGUUCGUCUGGAAAGUGUCAUUCACUUUCCAUGUCUGCAACCGAUUUAAUAUUUCCUGACCUCAGCUUUGAAUGGACGCUUUGAGAUGUGUUCCGCUUCAUCUGUUUUGAGAUGCAAUCAGUUAUUCCAUCAAAAAGUGAACACCCAGCCCGGCCG